UCACCCUCACGUGACGUCAGCACCAGAAUUUCCGGAUGAUUCAGAGUCACUUCGUCAUCAUCUGUGUGUAAUAUCUGUGUGACUUUCUGUGUUUCUGGUCACUCCCAACGCUUUCAAACACCUUGUAGCAGGACAGGCAAGCCUUCAAGAUGUCGAACAUGGAGAAACACCUCUUUAAUCUGAAAUUCGCUGCCAAGGACUUGCAGAGGAACGCCAAGAAGUGCGACAAAAUGGAGAAGGAGGAAAAGAACAAGUUGAAGAAGGCGAUCCAGAAAAACAACAUGGAAGGCGCCCGCAUUCACGCCGAGAACUCCAUCCGACAGCACAACCAGUCGCUCAACUACCUGCGGAUGAGCUCCAGGAUAGACGCCGUGGCGCAGAGGGUACAGACGGCCGUCACCAUGAAGAAGGUGACCAAGGACAUGGCUGGUGUGGUGAAGUCCAUGGACGCUGCGAUGCGCUCCAUGAACCUGGAGAAGGUCACCGCGCUCAUGGACAAGUUCGAGCGGCAGUUUGAGGAUCUGGACGUGCAGUCGGCGCAGAUGGAGGACGCCAUGAGCGGCACCACGACCCUGAACGUCCCGACGGACCAGGUGGACCACCUGAUGCACCAGGUGGCUGAUGAAGCUGGGCUAGAGUUGAACAUGGAGCUGCCCCAGGGCCAGACCAGCACCAUCGGGACACCCUCCACCGCCUCCGAACAACAGGACGAACUGUCACAGAGGCUCGCACAACUCAGGCAGAUGUAACAACACACAACAUUUGUAUAUGCAUUCUUUAAGUUUAAGAUCAAAAGACAAGGCUGUCUUUGCUCAAAUGAUAGUACAGUGCUGUACAUGUAACUUAGGCCACAGCAAGUAAAUUUUAUGAAUGACAUCCUCUGCAGACUCCAAAUCUAAUGCAAGCAGGCAAAA